GGCACAAUGGCUUUUCUUCCUUCCUGGGUUUGUGUACUAGUUGGUUACUUUUCUGCUUCUUUAGCAGGGACUUCCAAUCUCUCAGAUAUAGAGCCCCCUCUGUGGAAGGAGAGUCCUGGUCAGCUCAGUGACUACAGGGUGGAGAACAGCGUGUACAUUAUUAAUCCGUGGGUAUACCUUGAGAGAAUGGGGAUGUAUAAAAUCCUAUUGAACCAGACGGCCAGGUAUUUUGCAAAAUUUGCACCAGAAAAUGAACAAAAUAUUUUAUGGGGAUUGCCUCUGCAAUAUGGCUGGCAAUAUAAGACAGGCAGAUUAGCUGAUCCAACCCGACAGACAAACUGUGGCUAUGAAUCUGGAGAUCACAUGUGCGUCUCUGUGGACAGUUGGUGGGCUGAUUUGAAUUAUUUUCUGUCUUCAUUACCCUUCCUUGCUGCGGUUGAUUCUGGUAUAAUGGGGAUAUCAUCAGACGAAGUCAGGCUUUUGCCCCCACCCAAGAAUGAGAGGAAGUUUUGUUAUGAUGUUUCCAGCUGUCGUUCAUCCUUCCUUGAGACAAUGAACAAGUGGAACACCUUUUACCAGUAUUUGCAGUCACCUUUUAGUAAGUUUGAUGAUCUGUUGAAGUACUUAUGGGCUGCACAUACUUCAACCUUGGCAGAUACUAUCAAAAGUUUUGAAGACAGAUAUGAUUAUUAUUCUAAAACAGAAGCACAUUUUGAGAGAAGUUGGGCACUGGCUGUGGAUUAUUUAGCUGCAGUCCUCUUUCCUACAACCUUGAUAAGAACAUCUAAGUUCCAGAAGGGCCUACCACCGCGAAUUCUUCUUAAUACUGAUGUAGCCCCUUUCAUCAGUGACUUUACUCCUUUUCAGAAUGUAGUCCUGUUUAUUCUAAAUGUGCUUGGCAAUGUGGAUAAAUUUACAGGUUAUCUUUGUACAGAAAAAUCUAAUGUAUCUAGAGGUCAUUCGGAAUCUAGCUCUAGAAUUUACGGAAAUAACUCCUGAAACAUUUAACUUGAAACUUCAGGAAAUGAUUAAUGAAUUAAAAAUGAAAAACUUUAACUUGACAAUCAGUAAUUUCAAAAAAUUCAUGUAAUCAUGACCAUGUAGUUUUAUUGUUUCUGAUGUUUUUGAUUUAUGUUUAUUUGUUAAGAUCUUGUACAUGUAUUAAAAACUUAAAUGCAUUCAAAUUAAAA